UCCGGAAGAUUUACCAAGAAACCACACUACCUCUUCAACUAUUCGUCUGUAGUUUCACUGUUUGCCGAAAUGCCGUUGAACCUUUUCUCCAUUGUAGCUUAACUGAAGCCAGUGUUUCCUGCGUUGGAAUUAUUGAGCAAUUUAACCUGUAAAUGAUGUUAAAUGCGUUGGCUGGUUUGGAACUGGAGGAUGAGGUGGAAAAUAUGGACACAUCUGACACCCCAUGGUACUGGUUUUACAAGGCAGAUUGCGGUGUCUGGCACAGGGUUGAGGACGAGCCAAAGAAUUUCAUGUCCAGUGCUGAGCUGGAGAGCUACUACCUCAAAAACCCACAUGGGGUUAUUAAAAUAUUCACUUCUGGAGGUCAGUUCCAGAUCGACUUUGCAGCAAGCACACAGGUCAACUUGAAAACUGGGCAAACAAGGGGGAUCAAACGCUCAUAUCAGACUGAAUAUGGUUUCAGCUGCAAAUGCAAUGACGUUUUUCCAUCUCCACCUGCAAACUGGGAAGAUGUUGAUCCCAAACAACCUUAUCAGAUAAUACCUUUGAGAAGGGAGACCAGAGAAUAUCGGCACGUGAAGAGAUUUGUCAGGAAUGAAGGCUUACUACAGGAACCCAUUAUAUCCAUCAACAGAAUACAAAAUCUGGACCUCUGGGAAUUGUUUCGAAGAAAAAAAAUCCAGUUGAUGAGGAUAAAGGGACAGUCUGAUAUUGAGGAGCAAAGGCUGUUUCAUGGCACAAGCGAAAGAAACCUGGAAUUUAUUUGCACAUAUAAUUUUAACUGCAGACUAUCAGACAGGAAAAGAAAGGGCCAUGUAUAUGGCAAAGGAACCUACUUUGCAAAACAUGCAUCAUAUGCUACCAAAUAUAGUGAAACAACCAGCCGGGGAACCAAAGUAAUGUUGCUUGCUCGCGUUAUUGUUGGCAAGUACAAAAGAGGAUAUCAGGAUUAUUGCAAACCUGAUGAUGGCCAGGAUGAAAACCUACAUGACAGUUGUGUAGAUGAUAUACUUUAUCCAAGGAUUUUUGUUAUCUUUGAUUGCAAUCAGAUAUAUCCUGAGUAUGUGCUUGAGUAUCGCAACAACUGAUCACUGUAUGAAUGAACGCUAGCCAAGGGCGUAGAUUUGGCUUGAACAUUGGGAGGGUUACAGUGUGAAGUAUUUACAUGUUUCCAUUGAUCAUGGUAUCAAUAUUGGGGUAACACUGAACUAGAAAAUUUGCCAAAAUGCCAUGAUAUUUGUAUUGUGUAUCCAGUGAAACAAGGGGCUAAGUUAUCUUUGGAAAAGUACAGUUAAACAAAAUAUGGGCUAGUAGGGAAUUUCAUCUAAAUUUGUAUUCAGUCAAUCUCUCCAGAACUCAGGGAGUACCUUAUAUGACAGGGAGAGAUUUUAUUUUCUGAAAUAGUUUUUGUUCCCUCCCAAAAAUUUUGCGUUCCCUAACAAUUGUUUGCGUUCCUCACAAUAUGAUUUGCUCUCCCUCAUAACAGUUUGCACUCCCUAUCGAUGAGUUGUGCGUUCCCUCAUAAUAAGUUCUGCAUUCCGUUGCAAUUGUUCACAUUCCAUCACAAUACGUUUUGCGUUACUUCGCAGUAGAUUGUGCUCCCUCACGAUACUUUUUCUGAUACCAAUUAGCCAUGCUUUUACUACAUUAACCAUAUUUUAACCAUGAUAUUGGUAGUAAAACCUUCGUAAUAAUACAGGGAAAAACAAAACUAUGGUAAUAAAAAUAAUAAAGGGAUGGAUAAAGGUUUUGCGCGGGAAUGUAAAACUAUUUUAGAAAAUAAGUUCCCUCCUUGUCCUCUAAAGGGCUCUGUAC